GAGCGGCGCCCGGCGCCCCUUUUCUGCCUGCGCCGCCGCCAGUCCCACUUCCUCCUCCCGGUGGCAGGAGCAGCUUCGCUCGGCCGGGGCUUUUCGGCGAGCCGCCCUCCCUCCCUCUCUCUCUCCGGGAAGCGACGCCGCCCAGAGCCACGCGCAGCCCCUCGCCCGCCGCCUGGCUGCGCCUCCCCUCGCGCAGCGAUGUCCAAGCCGCCCCCGAAGCCGGCCAAGCCAGGUAAGGGAGGCGCCGGGAAGGGGCGGCCGGGAAGGGGCCAGAGGGGCGCCCUGACACGUGGACCCCGCCCGCCGCUCCAUCCAGGCGGCCUUUCCGUCCAGCCCCGGGCCGAAGGGCGCGCUCGGAGCCGCCUCCCCGCCCGGCGUGCCGUGCCCUGGCGAUGCGCGGGCGGAGGGUCGCUCUCCUUGGGCGGUGGGCCGCCCCCUGCGCCCGGGGCGGGGCUCGAGAGAAGCUGUCACUGUCAAAAAGAAGAAGGGGCCCGAGCGCUCGCUGCCGCCCUCGGCCGGGUCGGGGCAGGAAGGGCGUCGCGUUUGCGAUGCUCCCCGAGCGGGGGCGGGGGGGGGGGGGCUCGACCGUGUGGGAUCCUCCGCUGCUGCCGCUCGAGCUUCGCUGCAUUGAUGCAGCUUGGCAAGCAGUUGGCAGCCAGCAUGAGCCCAGGAGCCCCGCCCGCCCCGUCAGUGGCCCAGCCAGGCAGGGCAGAAGCUUCGAAGCUGGAGGAGCUGCUGCCUCGCCCGCCUCCCUGAGCUUGCAGGCCAGGAGAGAGGUCCCAGCGUGGGUAGGAGCGUAGGGAGAUGCCUUCUAUCAAGCCAGGCCCCGGGGUCAGCCGGUGGACUGGCAGGGGCUGGCCAGGGUUCCAGGCAGAGGCCUCCCACAGCCCCCUGGAGGCACCAAGACUGAAGCCUGGACUUUCUGCUCCACCACAGUAGCCAUUAUCAUAGAAUCACCAAAUGGUAGAGUUGGAAGGAACCGUGAGGGUCAUCUAGUCCAGCCCCCCUGAAAUGCAGAAAUCUCUUGCCCAAUGUGGGGCUCAAACCCGCAACCCUGAGAUCAAGAGUCUCGUGCUCUACCAGCCCAAUCCACUAUCUGGCAUCUGGGGAAGAGCGAAGGAGGCCCGCCUGUUUCACAGAAUUUGUCUUCACUACUUGCAAAAUAAAAUUCAUCUAUCAGAAGUAGAAAUAAAUCUGAAAAGUUAUAAGGUGUGCCUUUGUGCUUUGCAAAUAUGUUGAUUCUUCUCACACACUCUUUUGAACAGACAAGGACCUGUUUUCUCUAUUUCAAAUAUGGUAUAGCUUUCCCCAUUUAUCAGGGUUUGUUCCAAUGGCCUCAACGGAAUCAUGCUGGAGAGUGAAUUGGUUUUGAAUGGUUCCUCGCUAUAGGACAGGCUGGUAAAUGAAACAUUUGCCCCAUGGGCUGAGAUCCUGAUAAAGGAUGCUCAGCAGUCAGCUGCUAGGCUCUCUGCCACAUGCCUUUGGCCUUCCAGAGAUUGUUGGGACUCCUAUCAGCCCAAGCCAACAUGGCCAGGGGUGAUGGGAAUUGUAGUCUAACAGGCCUGCCUUAGUUACUCAUCAGGUGCCUUAGCCACCAAGAGUUGUAUGCAUGUUGCAGUUGCCCAGGAACUGCAGGAUUUAUUUAUUUUAAAACAGCAGCAGCAACAACAAUAUUUACAUGCCGCUUAGAAGAACAAAAAUUCUCUUAAGUGGUUUACAAGUCCAUCUAAAAUAUUCAUUUAAAAUAUCCCUUAAAAAUAAAAUAAAAACAAGGUACUUAAAAUUGGUGAUUGUAAAACACAUAAACUAACUAAAACAACAGACCUGAUUAGGCUGGCUGGAAACAAGACGUUUGCUGAUAUCAGUCAGGCACCAGAGACAAUAGAGUGAAGGUGCAUGCUUAAUAAUUUUAGAGCUGCUACACUAAAAUAACAGUUUCUUGGAAGUACAGAAAGAAUAUUUUGUGGCUCUUGUUAAAGUUCCAGUGCCACAGAUCACAGCAUUCAAGUGAGCACAUUUGGGGUGGGGUGAUCCUUCAAGUAAACUAGGUGUGUUCAAAGAUAUUUGGGGCACCUCUUGGAUUAAAUUGAUGUUUUUUAAAUAUGGAUUUUCUCUGCAAGCUGUAUUCUUUUUUGUUCAUCACUGAGAUUAAACUGAGUGCCAAGGAGGCAAAUGGUACUGACUCCCUGAUUCUUUAAUCUCAGUUUAAUAUCAUAUAAGAUUAAAUAUAUUAAUAUAAGAUUAUUAGCGUUCGUGAAGAUAUUCCAUUGGGUGGGCAUUGAGGGCUUUGGUGGUAGAGGGGCAAAUGGCACAGAUUCAAGAGCAUUCGACGCCCUGUUUCUGUAGUUGUGUGUGAGAAGACUACACAACCUAAAAACUUCAGUUCCAAGGCAAUGAAUUAGAUUAAAGUGACUUAAGUGCAAGAGGGCUAGUGCAUUGACUUCAGUAGUUUAUGGCUCAUUCUGUCUAUUAGCUACUGAUUGAAGCUCUUAUUACAGUUUAUUGGACAUGUUUCAGGGAUUACAUACCUUCUUGGAGGAUGUAUAAUAACUUUAAGGUUUACCAAAGGCCCUUAGCAAAGCCUUUGAACGUGGUAACUGUGGCAAAUCUGUUGCAACCAGCUAUUGUUUCAGUUUCCUAGUGGAAAAGAUACAAAAUCAGGAAGAGAUGCAGUUUCUAACCCGCUGUCAAUAAAAAGCUUUUAAUCUCCCCUCAAGUCCAGAGCCAUUAUUUGAGGGACAAUAAUGUGCCCUGGGAAGCUGUUUUUUUGCGACAAGCACAUUUGUCCUAUUUAUAGCUAUUACUGGUAAUUUCUAUUUUGGCAAGGUUUGAAAUUAGCCAGGGGCCGGGUGCGUUUUGCACUGGACUGUCUGUCACUUGCGACCAAGUGAAAAUUCCUAGUUGCCAGGAUGAUGCCUGACAGUUCCACCAUCACCAGUAGGAAAAAGAGGUAGGAAUAGGUCCAUAUAUAUGUGGACUCUCCCUGGAUAAAUGACUUUUUUUUUUUAAGUUCUCAAAGUUCUUAACCUAGUUCAAAAUUGUCAUCUGAACUAGCCAGCUGUUUAACUGGUAAUCACAGUCAGUCCAUCAUCUGAUAAGACUUUAGAGCUGUCUUGCCCCAAAAUGGCAACUAGACAUUCUGUUUUGGCAACUGUAACCUUGGUUUAAGGAGCCAUUUGGUGCCUAGCUUAUACAGUGGUACCUCGGGUUAAGUACUUAAUUCAUUCUGGAGGUCCGUUCUUAACCUGAAACUGUUCUUAACCUGAAGCACCACUUUAGCUAAUGGGGCCUCCUGCUGCUGCUGUGCCGCCGGAGCACGAUUUCUGUUCUCAACCCGAGGUACUAUUUCUGGGUUAGCGGAGUCUGUAACCUGAAGCGUAUGUAACCCGAGGUACCACUGUAUGUAUAUCUGCGUUUCUAACGCUGCAUUUUGGUCUGAAGAGAAGCAUAAAAUAAGUUUCAUUUUCUAGGGCUGCAAUCACAGGCAAGCUUAUCUGGGAGAAAACACUGUUGGACUGUUGGAGAUUUCCGAGUAAGCACUCACAGGACUACAGUGUACAGGACAAAGAUGUUGGAAAAUUGAUAGGUGGAUCCUGUGCAAGCUUACUCAUAAGUAAACCCUAUUGUGUUCAGUGGAGCUCACUCCUAGUAAGUGUGUUCAUUUUUGCAGCUUUAGUUUGAAUUCUAGGGGAAAUUGCAGAACUCCAUGAAAUAUCUAUACUUUCCAUUCCCAGUCUCAAUAAAAGCCUGCAGUUACACAUUUUAAUUUGAAGUACAAAACUCUAUAGCUGAGAAAUGAAAGCAUUUCUUUCUUUGUGCAGUGGGUAUGUUUCUUGCCUUCUUAUCUCAGGGCAUGUACAACCUCCAGGUUUCACUCUUUGAGAGCUAAUUGAAUGGCAACUUUAUUAGAGCUGCUGGCUACUGAAUAAAUAUUGUGAGGAAACACAAACAUUAAAAGCCUCGUUAAAGAGCUGAUCCUGCCACACGAACUUAUGUUUUGAAGGAUUGUAGCAAAAAGACAACUUUUUAUAAAAUUUAAUGCCAGGCCGCAGCCAGUCACUGCUUUUCCCAUCCCCCGACAAGCAAUAAAGCUGGUUAUGGUGGCUUGAUUGAAGAGAAAGGGAUUUGGAACGCUUAAAGUUGUAACACUCUGGCCACCAAAAGAAUAGAACAAUUUGCAGAAAUUUGUUAUUAUUCAGGAAGCACGUAUGAGGGGGAGAAGAAAAUUUAAUUUGGUAAGCAGAAACACUGUGUGUGUGUGUGUGUGUGUGUGUGAAAUAACUGAAAUUGCACCCUGGAAUUGUCUGAAGAGAUACAGCCCUUAAUCCAGAUUUUAAGACAUUGACUCAUAGUUGGACAGUUCUGGAAUGUAAGGAUUGUCUUUAUAAUUUGAACUCCAUAAUCUAAAUUUUGAAAGCAACUGCUCAAAAAUAUUAUAUAACUCCAAUACAAAACCUGAAUAAUUUACCUAUCAAGAGGACAGAGAUGGGUUGAGCAGAUAGUGAGCUGCAGCCAUUUUAUUGCCUGUGCAUUAAGAGUUCUCAAAAUCAAGGAGGCCAAGGCUCUUUCACCUCUUAUAUUUUUUGCUCAACAAAGUAUCUAAUUGUUUUGCACCUAACAACAUCCCUCUUUUCCACAGGCCACAGAGGAGCCCUUAUGCUUGGCUAACUUAUUUGUGUCCUGCAUUUUCCACAAAUACAUUGUGGUCAAAAGGGCCGCAGGGUGGAUAAUUUAAAUACAACAGCCAUAAUUGUAUACAUUGUGAUAUAAGAUGAAGAGUGCCUCUGCCUGGACAAGUAGCCUCAUUGAAGGAUAUUAUGCUAAAAGCAGAAGCGAGAGAAAAGUGCUCUCCCACACCAAAAAUAGUCCCAAUGCUGAUAUUAUUUGGCCCUUUGUGAGGGCACCCAUGCCUGUAUGAGUGUGCUCAGGAAGGAGAGAUCUUGCUUGCUGGGGAUUAGAAAAGGCAUAUGAAAGUGAACAAGUCUUGGUGGUGAACAUGUCUUCCUCUCUCCUUAGAUGUGUGUAAAGCUGCAGUUACCUGGGAGUAACUCAGGAGGACUUACCUCUGGGGCUGUGCACACGCUUUGUCUUAUAUAAGCACAUUCAAAAAAAAUUCUUUCCCUCAAAGACCCCCUCGCACAGUUACAAUUCUCAGCAACCCUUAAUAAGCUAAGUGGUUCAAGCAUGUCAUAUUCUUUAUUUCAAUCAUUCUCACAGUCUCUAUUUGGUAGGCCAUUAUUUUCUCCCACAUUUUAACUGAAGGACUGAAGCUAAGAGGUUUCCAUAAGGGGUCAGGGAAGCUUCCUGUACCCAGGCCUGGGUAGUGUGACUACCUAUUCCAGACCUAUUCCACUUGCAUAUCCUGUUGGGCUCAAAUGAUGUAUGAUGUUAAUUAAAUACAUGUCAUUUCCCAGUCUUUUAACUCAGGAUGGGGAAGAAAAUUGGUUCUGAUCACAUUUAAAUAUGAAACUACCUUAUUUCCACUUUCCAAAACAAUAGGAGAGCUGAAAUGCAGUGUUUCUGUGAAAUUUGCAUUUCUCCAAAUUUUGCUAUGUAGUAACAUAGCAAAGUAACAAAAGUUUGUAUUAGGUGAAGGUGAGCAUUAAAAUGUUCAUAUUAGUGGAAGUAGCAUACAAAAUGUGUUAGGAAAAAUGGCUUGUGAAAAUGUGUGCAGUAGUCAAAAUGACAGGUAGGCAUGUAUAUAUUUGGGGAAAUGCAUGUUGAAAUGCUAACACAUUUUUGUGAGGAAUAUAUAUAUAUAUAUAUAUAUAUAUAUAUAAAAUCAAAAACUGAUGAGGAAAUGUAAUGAGCUGAAUUUAAGAUUGGAAAAAUGAGAAACCAAAAAGGACAGAUAACGCCCAUUCCUCUCUGCCAGUUUCCCCCUACAUGCCCCCCCCCGCCCGCAUUCUGCUUUUAGCCCUGGGAGGAUAAAUGUGUGGUUCUCCACAGAGAGAUGGUGGGGGAAAUGGAAAGCUGGCCAAGAGGAAAUGCCAAUGAAUUUCCAAACCUUGUGGUAAAUGCAGAGGGGGUAAAUACAGGAGACUGACUACAGGUGCCUAUUGAGUUUAUAGUCAGACGUCCCCACCCACUGGGACCCGUGUUUCCCAACUCCCCCCUCCCCUGCCAAAUAUGUCAAAUUGGGACCAGAGUGAGGGCUUUGUCAGUGAUGGCUCUUGAACUCACUCCUCUUGUAUCCCCACCCCCACAUAGUCUGUAGGAUGGUCAAAACCUUUUUUGAAAUUGUUUUAGUUGCUGUGGUUAAGUUAUUUAUGAUGGCAUGUGUUUUUAAAAAAUCAUUUUUUCCCUCUGCUAUUCUGUUCUUUGUGACUGCUGUGCUGCAUGUAUUGUUGCUGUCAAGCUUUUUUUUUUUAAAAAAAAAACUUUCUGAUUUAAAUUAGGUUGCCUAACGCUCAUUGUGGAGAGGCAGGGCUUGAAUGUUUUAAAUGAAGAAAUGUCCUGUGUGGUAUGGGCAGGGCCUGCCGAAGACAUGUUGGUGCCUGAGGCAAACCACAAAACACCCCCCCUCCACACCAGAACAGAAGGGGUGGGUGAAGACUUACACAGGAGAGGGGGGGGGGGAUAAGAUCUGCAUCCGGAUCUGCUGCCCCUAUGAAUGCUGCCACCGGAAGCAGUUGCCUCACCUUGCCUCAUGGGUGGGCCGGCCUGGGCUUGACCCUUAGAAAUUCAUUGGCAUUCUCUUGCCUGCAUGUGAGCAGAACUGAACAUUACUAUAUUAGUCCAGGCCAGUACCCAAUCCCUGUAAGGCAGCUAAUGUAAUGCAACAUUGCAUUAGUUCUACGUCAUUUCCUCAGUGGACACGAGGACUCCACCACAGAACCAUUUCCUUGCAGUAUAGGGGCAAUUUCAGUUCCCUCAUCCAAUGUUGAAAGCUUUUCCUCCUGAGAAGUUGGGCCCAAACUAAAUGUUGCAAUAAAAGCAGCUACAUAUGUUUAAAAAUGUGCUCUUUUGUUAUGUGCGGGGUAGCUGGGGGUGGAGUACAGAAGCAAAUGAGGAGGAAAAUAACACUUUAAUACAGAAAACAUUGACAGAGGGACAUAGUUUUCUAUGAUUAUCUGCAAGGCCAUACAAAGAAGUUAAAGGGAAAUACAGGAUAGAAAAGCCCUUGGGUUCAAAAACAAUAGUCUGUUUGUUUGAGUUGACUUCAGCCCUCUCAAACAGCUGCAGCAAUUAAAAUAAUCUCAGACCAUUUAAAGAGCACCUUUUCCAUUAAAAAACAACAUUAUGGCAAAAAUAUUCUUAAAUGAAUACUGGAAGUUACUUCUCUCUUUUUUUGCAAUUGCUCUGAUCCCAUCACCCCUACUAGUUUCUAACAGCCCUUGGCUUUUAUAAACUUUGCAUAUGAGCAAUAAUUCCCAAGCAAACUAUCUUCUGAGUUGGAAAAACGUGGCUUGUUUUUGUCUGCUGCUUGUUCUUGUCUGCUGCAUGGCCCUUUAAGGGAGCCAUAAAACAUAAAAGUCUAAAGGAAAACAGUCUUGAGUCUGUUGUGGUUGCUGUUGACAUAAGCAUAAGAAAACACGGAAAUAAUUAGAGCUUAAUUUCAUAGGUUUGGUAUGUGCAUGAAAGAGGUGAAAAUUGCAACAUACUUUGCAGAUUAGCACGUGAUCCUAAACCAAUUUAUUAGUAUUUCAGCAAAGUUUACAGCCAAGUAAUGUUUUAGUGUUAUGUGCAAACUAGGCCACUCUCAGUUUACCCUUCUCCAAUAUGGUGAUAACAGUACUGAUCUGCUUUACAGGAUUGUGGUAAGAAUUACUGUGAACACUUUUAAGAAGUAAAUAUACAUGCACAGAUAGAAUAGAAUAGAAUCAUUUGAUUGUUAAAAAUCCCUUAAAGCGGUUUACAAAAAACUGCUAUUAUAUAAACUGCAAUUAAUAAUUACAGUGGUACCUCGGGUUACAUACGCUUUAGGUUACAUAUGCUUCAGGUUACAGACUCCGCUAACCCAGAAAUACUGCUUCAGGUUAAGAACUUUGCUUCAGGAUGAGAACAGAAAUCAUGCUCCGGUGGCGCAGCGGCAGUGGGAGGCCCCAUUAGCUAAAGUGGUGCUUCAGGUUAAGAACAGUUUCAGGUUAAGAAGAGACCUCCGGAACGAAUUAAGUACUUAACCUGAGGUACCACUGUAAAUUAUAUUGUUCUGUGCUGUGUGAUACCUUGUCCUAUUUUCUGUAAAAGAGGGUGUAUAUUUGAUUAGCAUAUGGACAGUGCAACCCCAUGAUGCGGUUAAGUGGAUAAGAAUGAGUUACUUUAUGAGUUACUUAAAAACAUUGUUAUCUUUAUUUUUAUAUUAUUAAGCAGUGUUUUUUGUUUCCAAUUAAUGAUAUAUGCAUAUAUAAAGAUAAAAAAAACCCACACCCUUGCAUUCAUCUGAAAAUGAACUUUAUUUAAAGGAACAAAAUGAAUGAAAAUGCAAAGAUGUUUAUAAAGUAUUAAUAUUCUUUGACAUUUGCACAAGAUUAUCAAUUAGCUUGUCAUAGUGUACAUUUUGCAAUCCAGAACUUUUGCUCUGUAAAAUGGCUGAAUCUAUGCUAUCUUCUGUUUUGGUUGGAGUACAUUUUUCUUCAGACUUAGAUGUAUUUUCCACACCUUCUUUACCUUCAGAAUGGACCGAAUAAGCCACAGCUUGAGGGUCCAGGGUUCCACUUGUUUUUAUACCUUCCCUCCUUGCUGUGUCAUGAACCUGACGAACAGGCUUUAGACUGUCGUUAGAGCUCUUGCAGUUAAAAUGUUGGCUGAGUUUGGGACAUGGAUGUUUGACUCAUUCAACCUUAGGGAAAGGAAAAAAUAUUCUGUUAAUGUUUAUUUCUUUCUGUAUAUUUAGGACAAGUCAAAGUUUUUAGAGCCUUGUAUACAUUUGAACCCAGAACUGUAAGUAUUUAAGUUUAUUUCCCCCCUCCCCUCUAAAAUUAGGAAAUGUUAUUUUUUAAUAUGACUUAGCAGCUAAACCCAACCUCGCCCUUGUGAUAAUAAAACAUAGGAAUUGAUAUUUACAUUGUACCCGUAGAGGUGAAAGAUCUAAACACUUUAGAGGCCGAUGCUGCAGUUAGAUCUUCCUCAUAUUUGCUCAAGAACAAGGUCUCAUGCUCAGGUGGUAGUUUUGGCCUCUAAAUAAGUGGACAGGCCAUGUGACUUUAACCAAGGAUUUGGCCUUAAUUGUGCAUGCGCUGGUGUCUGUCAACACAACAGUGUUUCUUCUGAGUGCACAAUAUAACCAACUCACUAUUGGUUAAAAACCCAAUUGCCUGUGCAUCUUAGUCACACAAUGAAUGAGGGAGGGAGUUAUAAAUCCAACUGACUUCAGCAAAAAUAUUUUAGUUUCUGAACAAACGGCUUGAAAAGUGAGAAGUAGGGUGGAAAGUUGGAGGGGGUGAAGCCUGUAUUUUGUUCUGCUUUUGCCCCCCUGGAGAGAUGUGGAUUGGCAGUGUCAUUACAUCCAAGAUUUUGAGCAUCCUCUUCAAGUUUGUCUGAAUCCAUUAAGAGAAAGUGUUAACCAAGCUGCACAACACCCUUUUAAGAUACUGGAGUCUCUUUUCUCUUGCUGAUUCAGCAUGCCUUCUGAGCAGUCACAUCUUGCCAAAGGCUUACAAAGUAAUCUUCUCUUACAAAUCCUUUCAGUAAGGAACAGCAGAAAAAGCAAACUCAGAUGUCUUCUGCUAUAAUGCUGGAUGGGUGAGGCAUAUUCCUUUUUCUAGGGCCUGCCUUUUGGCUAAUAAUUAACUUUGUCCUAAUGUAGGUCCGACAGAUAAGCCUCCAGCAAAAAUGGAACCACCACAACUCCUUAGUCCAGGCAUAGGCAAACUCUGGCCCUCCAGAUGUUUGGGACUACAAUUCCCAUCAUCCCUAACUAACAGGACCAGGAGUCAGGGAUGAUGGGAAUUGUAGUCCCAAACAUCUGGAGGGUCGGAGUUUGCCUAUUCCUGCCUUAGUCCAACUUUUCCACUUUAAAGCUACUCUGUAAAUUAAAUAUCUUGGGGUGAUCUUGCAACUCUGCUCUUGGAAGCCUCCCGUGUCUAAUGUUCUGCUGUCUCAUGUUCUCGCCCCACUCUCUUUCCUUCUGCUCCUCCAAACCCAUGUUAUGAGAAACUGAGGGCAAGAAAGGAAAGUCAAGUGCAGCUUCCACAGCUGCACUUCAGAAAACCAGAGUAUACACCCCUCACCCUCUCAAAAAUGGACAUGUUUGAGGAGUGGGAGAGAACAACCAGCAUGUUUCCUUGUGUGCCUUUGACUGAGAGAACACAGUGUAAACUCUCACCCUCUUUCUAAGCCAUCCUUGACCCCAGCUACGCAUGGUACGAAUACCCCUGAACAUUUUGUGAAUCUAAGUUUGGCCUCAUUGAGGGGCAGUAUUUCAAUAUGAGUAGGAAAAUGAGAGUAUCCCCUAAACAUUUUUUUAGGAAAAAAAAGCACUGGGUAGACCGGGGUGGACUUUAGUAUUCCAUAUUUCAGAGGUGCCCUAUGAGAGGCUUAGAUGAGAAGCAGGGUGCUAUUUAUAUUGUUAGCCUCUCAGAUGCAGGAAAUGAGGGUUGCUAAGGAGCCUGCAUGCCAUGCUGCAUCUCUGAAAGUCUUGAGCUUGCCAGUGCCUGUGCCAAGGACGGAGGUGGAGGGGCCAAAGCACACAUGACACAGGAGACCUGUGACUCUGGAUUGCCUGAUUUGAGCCCACCCACCCCCAUUUGUUUGGAGCAAAGGUUUUAAUCCUUGCCUUCCUCCCCCAGUUGCUAUUAACUCUGCAGCACAAAGCAAAUAACAGAAUCACAGAACUGUAGAGCUGGAAGGGACCUCGAGGGUCAUCCAGUCUGGCCCCCUGCAGUGCAGGAAUCCUGCCUACAGCUAUCCCUGGGUGUGCUUGAACCACCAACCUUCUGGUUAGCAGCCAGAUGUGCUGACCCCUUGCUCCAAAUAAGGCAGGCUCAACACACACACACACACAUGCUUCCCACUGCAGUGCAAACAGGAGCUUUGGGGCACCCACUUCUCAGCCCCACAACUCCAGUAAAAAUGGGUGAAAUCUCAGGUACAGUAAAGUGAACCAAUCCCAGAUCUCCUGCAUCAUGUGUAGUUUGGCUUCUUCAGUAGCUGUUAGCUGGUUUAUUAUUCCCUGGCAAGCCAGCAGGUGGCAACAGGGGGCAGCAAAAGCCUCGUUCCCUUUCCUUUCCCUGUGGUUGCCUUGCCACUUGGGGCAGAGAUGCCACAGCCUUUUUUCGAGGCAGAAGCAACCUUCCUGCUCCUCUCCCUUUCUUCCCUUCCCAUUUUCCAGCUUGCCAGGGCUCUCAGCUUCCACUUCCCCAGUACAAGAUAAGCUCUUCACUGCCUCAGUGCAUGUCUUAUGGGGCCAAGGCUGUGGUGGCCGUGUUUUGCUCACAGGCUGCACAGGAGAUUUCAGCGAAGGCUGCCUAGGGUAGAAAGCAUGGAAAGGUUCAAAAGUAAAAGAAGUUGCUAAGAAUGCAGUUCAUUGAAUUCCGAAUUCUUUCCUGUUUGAUCCUCUAUUCAGGCCCCCAGGAGUACUGUUCCCCCCUUUAAACUGGGACUGCCUGUCCUCCCUGGCUCCCUUUUCACCUGGCUGCAAGCUGCCUGCUAUUUCAGAUUUCCCACAAUGCUCAGGAGCAACACUGUUGAGGCAUUGGGGGAGAAUUUAAAUGGCAGACCCUUUUGGUUGGGGCUCAGAAGAUGGCUGAUUUGGUGUCAACCUUGCCUCUGUUUCCCUUCCUGUGAGCAAGGAACUGUGGAAGGGAAAGAUGUUCUUAGCAAGAAAAGCAGAAAUGUCUCUUACAGAACUCAGCCUUUUAAAUAUAAACUCCACCAAAGACACAGGCAGACCUUCUGUGGAGUUUUGAGUUGGUGUAUACUCACAUGGCCCUGUUUCCAUUUGAUUGAUGGUUUGUACCUCUUCCUCAAACUGAAUGAAGAAGAUAAAUCCUAAAAUGUUGUUAGGCAAGGCUGCAACAAUGAUAUUCUUCUAAAAUUGGUCUGCAAACUCAAACACCCUCUUUAUUGUUCCAGCCAGAUGAACUGUAUUUUGAAGAAGGAGAUAUUAUCUACAUUUCGGAUAUGGUGAGUUCAUCAAACACAAAUGUUAACAACUGGACCGUGCUAAAUAAACAGAGUACAUCUCAAGUGGAGUCAUUGUUCCCUUUUUCAGCAUUGCUUUCUUUUCCCUCCAGAGUGACACAAAUUGGUGGAAGGGAACCUGUAAAGGAAGAACUGGACUAAUCCCCAGCAACUAUGGUAUAUUCCAGAUUUGCUUUACCUUUCAAGAUAUAUCUCUCCACCACAGAUGUGGACUAUAAGGAUGUAUGCAGCUUGUAAUUUUUAAGGGGUUGUCUCUGAUCCAGAUACAAAGAAAUAUAGUAUCCUACUUCUAAUUUGAUGCCAGAACCGGGCAUUAAAACUGGUUUCAUGGCAGAGAGCUGCUUUGAGAACACACCUUUUAACUGGAAGAAUGCAUCCGUGUUCUCUUGUGUGCCGUCUGCUGGACUGACAGAAGCAAAAAAACCCACAAGUGGAUGCAUUUUAAUGUAUUUAUUUUUUAUUAAAAUGUAUGCCGCAACCUUCAAUCUUAUUAUGGGGGAGCAUUCAAUAAAACUUUAGGACCACAUGUAUGAUGAUGAUGAUGAUGAUGAUAAUGCUGAAAAGGAUAAGUCUCUUAAAAAUAGCAUAAAGAUUAUAUGAGACAGAAUAAAACAGAUCAACAUAAAUGUUGGGAAAAUAAAAAGACUUCUGCACAGUGCUGGAGAGACAUCAGAUAUAUUUUUUUAAAAUAAAAAAGCUAAAUAUGUUUCUUGUCGAGCUGAAGCAUAGAAGAAUAUUCACAACUAAGUAGGGUUUAUAAGCUGGAUGUGUCAUUUACAACUCCCUGGGAAUUGUAGAUUUGCAUAAGUCCUGAGAAAUCUUCAAGACCCCAAGAAUAGCCACAGCUCCCUCAGUAUUUUUGGCCCAGAUCCAAGGCCUUCUUUGUUGAGCUCUGCAUGCACAGCAGACUUUUAGCAUCCUUCCGCUCAGGAAGGGCUCACCCCAGUCGGGCGGCGCUGCAGUGCUAGCCUUCCAGCAGCCCAUGUUGCUGCCGCUUUAUUUGGGGGAGGGGAGAAUGAUGGGAGAGGGUGGGGCUGCCUGGAUGCAACAGGGGGAGUGCUUUCCUUUUAGGAGGCGGCCUGCUUCUCCAUCAGACAGAACCUCCUCCAAACCCGGAAGAGCUUUGGAAAGAGGCUCAGACAUGGUAUGUCUUGCUGCCGGAAGGGUUAGGGUUAGUGCCAGUUCUGAGCCGCCGUGUUGUCUCGAUCAAGACAAUUUCAGCAUGUAUAACUUGCAUGACAAGCUAUGCCUCCAGAGGUCACCUCUUCCGCAUGCCCUUUCUUCUGUCAUGGUGGCCACCUUGGGCGCUGUAGACACAGCUUCCCCAACAUUAAAUUGAAGGAAGCUUCACAAGGAGCUCCGUUUGGCACAGGCAAGUUUUCCCCGUUUUGAAACUUGGGGAUCAAAACUUAUAGUGCAUACAAUAAGGAGUUUAAUAUAUAUAUUUUACAUCCUUGGCCUUUGAUAAAUAUUAAACAUAUUAGUGCAUAGAAGGAAGAAGGAAAUUAACGGCUCUCAGUUACCUUGGGCCCGUUCAGCAAGGUGCAGGAAUCAAAGGAGUCACCUGCUUAAGAUGACGUGUGUUUUUGCUUUUGUUUUAGUGGCUGAACAAGCAGAAUCCAUUGACAACCCACUACAUGAAGCUGCCAAGAGAGGUGGGUACAGAUGCAGUUUGCAGUAUAUCAGAUCCCCCCCCCCCCCCGGGCUUGUGUAUUCAGUUACGAGCUCAUGGCUGCACCAAAGAGAGCUGGGUUGCCACAGAAGCAGUUCAUCGGUUCUCUUCCCAUUGGGUUGGGGGAUGAAAUAGAUUGGGUUGUUGGAGUUUCUUUAAAAUAUGAAAGCUAUGAGAGUGGGAUGUCUGUGUGGGACAAUAAAGGCAUUUUAUUUCUAAGAGAGAGGUUUUAAUUGUUUGUUGCGUGUCUUGAGUAUUUUGGACAAAUAGUCUUGAUUUGCAGGAUAAAUAUAUUUAUUUGCAGAAAGAAAUAGGCACAGUAGAUUAAUUCUUUUAGUACGGGGAAAGGAAUAAUGGUUUCAGAUUAAAUAACUGGAUAGAAAAAAAUUGUAUUUUUACUGUUACUAUGAUAAUUGCUUUUAUUUAUAAUGUUUUUGAUCUGUUUUAUAUUUGUUUUAUGGUUCUCUUUUGUAAGCUCUCUUGAAAAUCUAGAUUUAAACACACAUUUUCAAAUAAAUAAAUAAAUAAUAUUAAAUAAUUGGUUUGAUAAAGAUGGUAUACUAACGUAGGUAUAUGGUGAUGAAUAGUUUAAUAGCUUUAACAAAUCAAUACGAUGUAAUGACAUUAGUCCAGGUUAUAAUCACACUGUAUACACAGAAUACAAUAACACUUUAAUAAUAUAGUAGCCCCUGUGGUUUUUUGUUUUGUUUUUACACUUCAUAAAUAUAAUUUUAAAAAUGGUAAUCUCCCUAAUUCAAUGCUUUAUUUAUUUCAUUUAUCUCCCACCCUUCCUCUCAAAGGAAGGUGGCAAACAAGUGAUAAAAACACUAAAAAUAUCCUAAAAAGCAGUUCUAAUACAGAUGCAAACCAGGAAAGAUUUCAGCUUUCAAUGCAUUUUUAUUUAGAAGUAACUGCCACUAAGUUCAAUGAGGAUUCCUUCUAACCGUGUGUAUGUGUACUCAGAAGUAAGGGCCAUUGCGUUCAGUGAAACUUACUGUAUAAUACUCGAGUAUAAGCCAACCCGAAUAUAAGCCAAGGUACCUAAUUUUAGCACAAAAAACUGGGAAAACUUAUUGACUCGAGUAUAAGCCUAGGGUGGGAAAUGCAGCAGCUACUGGUAAAUUUCAAAAAUAAAAAUAGAUACCAAUAAAAUUACAUUAAUUGAGGCGUCAGUAGGUUAAAUGGUUUUGAAUAUUUACUUCAAAGAAAAACAGUAAAUUAGCUCUGUAAGUGGAAAAGAGGGUCAACAAAAACAAUAUGGUGUCAACAAUAACUUUAAAAGUACAAAAGCCUUAGCUCAAUCAGCAACCAAGCUAAAACACAAGAGUUAAAACCCUUCAAAACUGGAUUCCUCCUCAUCAUCUGUAUGCCCAAACAGAGCUUCAGCUGUAGCUGGUGUGAGGUUAUCAGCACAGACAUUGUCAUCAUCACUGAGUUCGCAGUCAUCACCAUCACUGCUGUUCUCAUACAAAGCGCUGUCUUCACUGCCAUCCAUAGCAUUACUAAUGCCACAUUUCUUGAAGGCGCAUUGCACCAUGUCCUCUGGGAUCUCUUCCCAUGCACCACAAACCCACUUUGCUAUCAAUUCUAUGUCGGGCUUCAUCAGAUUUCCAACUUUUGUCAGUCGGGCUUGAUCAGAUGACAUCCAUUCAUGCCACAUCUUUCGCACACGGUCUUUGAAAGGUUUAUGUAAACACACAUCUAGGGGGUGCAAUACAGAUGUAAGCCCACCUGGAAUAACGGCCAAAGUAACUUGAGAAGGACUUUGCCAAUUUUUUUAUGUCAUCAGAUGUGUGGGCGCUGAACGUAUCCCAAACUAGCAAUGAUGGUUUUUUCUUUAAGACUGCUCCUCGUCGUCCGUUCCAAAUUUCUUCCAGCGAUUUUUUUGUUCCGUCUUCAUCCAUCCAGCCUUUAACACGUGUGUGCACUGUAAUUCGUGGUGGGAAUUUGACCUUUAUAGGCAAGAUCUUUCUUUUAAAAAUAAUGACGGGCUGCAGCUUAGUUCCAUUAGCCAAACAUGACAAAACGACUGUGAAAUGGUUUUUUUCUUCCAUUUCCUGUGGUUCUGAGUAAAAUAGUUUUGUCUCCCAAACUUGCCACAGUUCUGUUGCUUGGAAGAUCAAAGGUCAUAGGUGUUUCAGCCAUAUUCCCAAUAUCUCCCAUGUCAUAGUUAUGGAUCCUUCUUUGUUUUCUGAUGAAUGAAUGGAAUGACAUCACUUUUUCAUCAAGGUCUUUUGGCAAUUUCUGUGAAAUCUUUGUUCUUUGCCGCAAACAUAGGGCAAACCUAUUCAUGAAGUGGGUACACCAUCCUGCUGAGGCAACAAAAUUUUCAAUGCCUGGUGCUUUUAAUUUGUCAUCUUCAGCCAUUUGAAGGGCACGUAAGUGAAUUCCCAUGCGUGUUACGCAGUAACCAUUUUGACGACACUCCAUAACCCAUUGAUGCAAUUCAGUCUCUAGAGCCCCAUAUGAAGUUGUUAAACCACGUCGAGCUUUUUUUGCCUUUGGAAUCUUUUCCAAGUCAGCUUUCAUUUUCCGCCACUCCCUCACAUGUUUUUCGUCAACACAAAAUUCCCUACUUGUAAUAGUAUUAUUGCUUUCUUCUGCUCUUGACACAACCUUCUGGUCCAGGAUUAGAAGUACAGUGGUACCUCGGGUUAAGUACUUAAUUCGUUCCGGAGGUCCGUUCUUAACCUGAAACUGUUCUUAACCUGAAGCACCACUUUAGGUAAUGGGGCCUCCUGCUGCCGCUGCACUGCCACUGCACGAUUUCUGUUCUCAUCCUGAAGCAAAGUUCUCAACCCGAGGUACUAUUUCUGGGUUAGCAGAGUCUGUAACCUGAAGCGUAUGUAACAUGAAGCUUCUGUAACCCGAGGUACCGCUGUAUUGGGAUCCAUUUCUAACAGGAUAAAAAAAAAGACAGUUCAGCACCUCUCCCAACCACGGCUCCUGUGCCCGCCUUUGUGAGAGGCGGGCGGCGCCAGCGGGACCAGGGGCAAGAAAGGGCUGCUUUUGGGCCGCUCAUCCCUCCCCUGCCGCCACCCGCCUCUGCUGCUCUGCGCGGUUGGCAGAGUGGAGGGCAGUGCUUCUCCGAAGCCAGCCAGCCCUUUCCCACCACUGGUCCCGCCGCCACUGCCUCUGCCACUCACACCAUAGGUAGGCUGGGGGGGAGGGGGGAGAGAGAAGCCCCCUCCGGUGCAUGUGCACGCGCACACACACACACAUGGUCCGGCCCGCCAUGCGGUCUGGAGGACAGUCAACCGGCCCCCUCCCAAAAAAGUUUGCUGACCCCUGGGUAAGUGGGACCCUCACUCAAGUACAAGCCAAGGGGGGCUUUUUCAGCAUAAAAAAUGUGCUGAAAAAGUUGGCUUAUACACGAGUAUAUACAGUACCUCAAGGUAAAUGUAUAUAGCAUAUCAGUCUUGGUAGUACAGUGGUGCCUCGCAAGACGAAAUUAAUCCGUUCCGCGAGUCUCUUCGUCUUGCGGUUUUUUUGUCUUGCGAAGCACGGCUCUUAGCGGUUUAGCGGCUAUUAACGGCUUAGCGGCUAUCAACGGCUUAGCGGCUUUAAGAAAAAGGAAACAAACUCGCAAGAACUCGCAAGAUGUUUCGUCUUGCGAAGCAAGCCCAUAGGGAAAUUCGUCUUGCGGAACGACUCAAAAAACGGAAAACUCUUUCAUCUAGUGAGUUUUUCAUCUUGCGAGGCAUUCGUCUUGCGGGGCACCACUGUAGUUAAAGCCCCUACUGGUUUCAAUUGAUGUAUUCAGAAGCUAGCUGUUGGCGCCACUGCAGGCUUAUCCCUCCUCCAUGGCCAGCUUCACAUGUCAUACUAAGCCAAGGCCCAGGCUCCCCAAGGAAGAUGGCAGCCUCUUCUGUCCUCCCUGGCUGUCUCACUGUUGCUUUGCACUGAGCUAAGUUAUGGCUUGGCUUAGCAUGCUAUCCAACACCAGACGGAUGAGCAGGAAUCCAAGAACAAACCUUUCUUACACCUCAUGGUUAGUCUAGAGAAAGCUAAACCUACAAGACCAGGUUCAGACAAUAUGCAGAGACAAGCCGUGGCUUAGCUCAGUGCAGCACAGCCACAAAACAACCAGGGAGAGCAAAGUGGCUGUCAUCCUUCCUGGGAAUACCCAUCCUCAUAUGCACAAGCUAAACCCUGAUUUGGCUUACUGUGAAUAUAGAAUCACAGAAUCUUGGAGUUGGGAGGGACUCAAGGGUCAUCUAGUCCAGCCCCCUGCAAUGCAGGAAUCUCAGCUAAAGCACCCAGGACAGAUGGCCAUCCAACCUCUGCUUAAAAACCUCCAAGGAAGGAGAGUCCACCACCUCUCUUGGGAGUCUGUUCCACUGCUGAACAGCUUUUACUGUCAGAAAGUUUUUCCAAAUCUUUAGUCAGAAUCUCCUUUCUUCCAGCUUCAAGCCAUUGAUUCGAGUCCUACCCUCCAGAGCAGGAGAAAGCAAGCAUGCGACAGCCCUUAAGAUAUUUGAAGAUGGCUCUCAUGUCUCCUCUCAGUCUCCUUUUUUCCAGGCUAAACAUACCCAGCUCCUUCAAGUACUCCUCAUAAGGCUUUGUUUCCAGACCCCUGAUCAUCUUUGUUGCCCUCCUCUGCACACCUUCCAGCUUGUCAGCAUCCUUCUUAAAUUGUGGUGCCCAGAAGUGGACACAGUAUUCCAAGUCUGGUCUGACUAAGGCAGAAUAGAGCGGGGCUAUGACUUCCCUUGAUCUGGACACUAUACUUCUGUUGAUGCAGCCUAGAAUAGCAUUCACUUUUUUUGCUGCUUCAUCACACUGCUGACUCAUGUUCAGCUUGGGGUCCACCAAGACCCCAUGAUCCUUUUCACAUGCGCAAACCAGGACAAUAUGUAAAAGGGAAACCCUCAGCUCAUACUGAGCAGCCACAUGGGUACAGAAGCUACUGGAUUGGUGCUCUUGUAAACUGGCUAAACAAGCAAUGUGCAUACUUAGAUUUUGAAUUCUUACAGUGCAAAUCUCUGCACGCCUAUUCAGAAGUAAGUCCAGUGGAACUGACUUUCAGGUGAGCUGGUUAGCAAGCAAUACACUUUUACAAAAUUUGGAAGAACUCGAACUGUAAUCGAAAUAGAUUCAGGUAGAACUGUCAUUCUUGGUUAUAAUUUUGACUUGCAUCAUACAAGUUUUUCUUUACUGGACAGGUGACAUUUGAUAAUGUGAGCAAUGCAUAAUGCAUAGGUUCAACUGUAUAGGCUCUUAAAAGCUAAGCAGCUUGCUUGUUAAAAAGACUGUUGUCUCCCAAACAGAAUAUUGAAUGGAAGUAGAAUUUGCAUAACAUUUUCAUUCAUGCAACAAUAAUGUGAUUUGGUAGCAUCUGGGGCUGUUGUUGUUGUUGAUGAGCUAAAAUGCAUUGCAUACCAGGGAGGCUCGUCGUUCUCGGUAUGAUUUAGCUUAAUAAUUUAUUUCCUCCCUCUACCCACCUCUGCCAAGAAAAACAACUCUGUUAUGUUCUAUGAAAAAUAUAUUUCUUUUUCUGUUUCAGGAAACCUGAGCUGGUUGAGGGAGUGUUUGGAUAACAGAGUUGGUGUCAAUGGCUUAGACAAAGCUGGGAGCACAGCCUUGUACUGGGCAUGCCAUGGUGGACACAAAGGUACAUUAGAAGUGAAUGGAGAGGAACACCUUUCUUCUUGGAGCUUUCAUCACUGGGUUAAUGGACCAGCUAGCAUUUCCUCUUCUACUGCAAUCAGUAAUGGUCUGAAUUCUUGUAUGAUACAAUUUAAAUUAGGAAGAGGGAGGGAAAUUAAGAAAUAAGAUUGGAUUGGCCUCAGCUAGAGCCAGACAUGAAGCGUUGCGGGUUCUGUGUGGGCCCCAUCUCUUCCUGCAGAGGCCAUCUCACUCCUCACUUUCAAGCCUUACUCUUGAGGUCCUUUUUAUGCUGGCAGGCCUUUGUAAACUGUUUUAUUCUGUAUUUUUAAAAUUUAUUUAGCCAGUCACUUUAAUGAUUAUAUGGUGUUUUUUUAAAAGUGUUUCAUGUCUUAAUCGUUGCACACUGCCCUGAUAUUUUACGGUGUGGCAGCUCAGAAAUACUAAAAUAACGGGGGGGGGGAGGGGAGUAAGCUGCCUUACUCCAAGUCAGACAGCUUGUCCAUCAAUACAGUCCAGUAGGGUCUGCUCUUAUUGGCAGCCAAUCUGAAGGAAUUCCUGCAGAGUGAUGCAGCAAGAAAACUCCCUGCACAUUUGCAAAGCUAGGCAGUGUCCAGUAUGGUUUCAAAUUGGAUGGGGAACCACUUGUUGAGAUUCCUGCAUUGCAGGGGUUUGAAUGAUAUGACUCUUGGGGUCUCUUCCAACUCUAUGAUUCUAUGAUAUCACUCUCAUUUCUUCUUCAUUUCCUCUUGACCUUACUGAUUACAUCCUGCCUCUUCACCCACUCCCACACUUUGCCAACCAUGUGUGUGUGUGUGUUUAUAGUUAUAGAUAUACCUGCAACUCACCUGAUAAGUGGACCACAAAAUCUGGUGCCAUAAUAAAUUUAAUAGCCUUUGAGUUGCCACAAAGUUUCAUUGUUUUGGCUGGAAGAGACUCAACACGGCAAUCCCUCUGGAAAUAAAUAUGGAUCUAAAAUCAUGUGCUCUUAAUAAUGGCGAAGCAGAAAAGAAAUGAAAUGAAAGGUGAUCCUGAAUUAAGAAUGUGGGUUUUAAAAAGAGAUUGUAUCAGCUUUCAUAUAGAUUAGUUCUCUUAAGUUAAUUCAACUUUCACUGCUCACUUUUUGAGCUGAUUGAGUCUAGAUCCUUACUUUCCUGCUACAUUUUGAAUUAACAAAGCAACUUCCAGUUUCUCACGAUAUCCCCACUCCCAAUUUUUUCACUUUAUGCAGAUAUAGUGGAAGUAUUAUUGACGCAGCCAAAUGUAGAACUAAACCAACAGGUAAGUAAUUACACAUUGAAUGGCUUUCCAGAAUGGGUUUGUGAUAAUGGUGAUUGAUUACCAUUGACAUGAUCUAAAUGUCUGUUGCCGCAUUUUAACCUUGAUGGGUUUCCCCACUUCUGCAUCCACAGAAUAAACUGGGGGACACAGCUUUGCAUGCUGCUGCAUGGAAGGGUUAUGCAGAUAUCGUAGAAACACUGCUGGCAAAAGGUAAUUGUAUUUACCAACACAUUCCUGUAACGUCAUAGGCACAGGCCCUGGAGAGAUGUGUAUAUCUGAGAAAUGCACGAGUUUUAUGCCUGCACGCGGUGCCCCAUACCUUCCCUUUCCAUUCCAUGUUCUUGCCACACAAUGAUUCAACACUUCUUGUGGUCAUGAACCAUUAAUGUUACAUCUGAACUGGGAAACUAUGGUUGGCAGCAUUGAGCUAGGAUCUUGAAUCACAGUAGCUUUUCAAGUUGUUGUUAUCCUCGUAACCAUAAUUUCCUGGUACUGACAAAAUACAAAGCUAUGGUUAGCUGAAGUCUUGCAGGAUUAAUAGUAGCACACUGAGAAAGGAGAACUGGUGAUAAGAUGAAACAUGUUGAGCACAAGGCUCAUACAUUCCUCAGUUUAUUAAGCCAAGAUAUGCACAUCUGAACUGAGCCAUAGGCACACAUUCGCAAUGUAUACUGUGAACGAGCUGUUUUUGUGGCCUCAUUUUACCUUCUAUAAUGCAGUUAUUAUUUUCUCACUUGGCAUACUAGUUGAAUUAUGUAUUCUAUAUUAUGAUAAUUAUAAUAUAUAAUACUACAAUAUAUUGCGAAAGAAAAAUCCAGAUUUUCCAUGGAUUGACAAGAUCUUCAGAGUUCUCUUGGUUUGCAGUCGUAUGGCCACUUAUCUGAAAGCAAACCCCACUGAACUCAAGAAGAUAAUUUUGUGUAGACAUGUACAAUACUUCACUGUUUGCCCCUUAUGUCAAAGAGAUUUGGAUCAAGCUCUCUGUGCUCAUAUUAUUCUGUCCUAGCUCAUUAUCAAGUAUUACAUAAUACUAUGUUUUUAUAUAUGCUGUAAGCCACCCAGAGUGGCUGGGGGAACCCAGCCAGAUGGGUGGGGUUUUAUUGUUGUUAUUAGACCUUCAAGAAAUUACUCAGAGCAGAGCUAGCCCACCAGUGAGGUGGGAUGAAGCACCUGCCUUAGGUGGUGGAAGGGCAGAAGGAGGCACCCUGCUUGCCCCAUCGCUUCCACCACUUCCAGAAUGCCUCUCUUGCUGAGUUUGGGCAAGCGGGGGGGGGAUGUUCUGGUGCAUGGCGGACGUGGAGAGCAUGGCAGCAGGGGGGCAGGAGCAGCACAUUCCACUUCCACCUCAGGUGGCAAAAUGGAAUGGGCUGCCCCUGACUUAGAACGCUGCACCCACAGAAGAAGAGUGCAGUAGCAAAUCUGCAACUUUCCUUGCUGUGUUCAUUAGCCAUCUGAAUGCCACCUUUGUUAGUGGAGUUUUAUAUCCCAUGAAGCCCUACAAUAUGGUUCCUUCCAUAGCCUGUUCUUCUUCCUUGUUAGAGUAGGACCAGCUGUGUUCUGAAUUAUGAAAGCCACCUUCUCAGUUAUGUGAGGAAUUAUUCCACUGAUAUGGAGGUGUUUGCUGUGGUGAUAUUUUACACUGGGGCAGGAUUCAACUGUGUUGUUGUGUGUGUAUAAUGACAUUCACUUGCACACAGGACUUUUUAUCUCUUACCUUCUUCCAUGCCCCCAACUCUGCUCUGGGGGGAAAUGCAGAACAGGUUGAGGAGACGUACAAGGUGAGGAGAGGAUGGAAAAAUCUUGUUGCAUGAGUGGACCUCCUCCCCUCCCCCAUUCCACUUUGAGUGCUGUGUUGAAUUCUGCCCCUAGUGCACAUUUUAUACAAAAAGAUACACUCAUUCCCCACCAACAAACAAUCUGAACUUCCAUUAAAAAAUGAAAGCCACGAUCACUUGUUCUAUGAUUCUUCGUAGAUAGCAAAGUGGCGUCAUUCUGUUCCUUAGAAUCUCUAUUAGGAUAGAGAUUUUGCAUCGGAAGUUAGAAUGGAAAACUAGUUUCAUUUUAGAGGAAAGUUGCUAACAAGGAUAGCAAAGAUAUGCGGCUAACACAGGGGUCACUAAGCCGUGGUCCUCCAGAUGCUUGCUGGACUACAACUCCCAUCAUCCCUGACCACUGGAAAAUUGGCUGAAGCUGAUGGGAGCUGAAAGUACAGAAGCUCCAUCGGGAGGACCACAGGUGAGACACUCCUGACCUGAUAGUUUCACCUCUGAAUUUCUAAUUGUGGUGUCCUCUGUUUUGUUUUCACAAAGGUGCUAGAACAGAUUUAAGAAAUAAUGAGAAGAAAUUGGCUUUUGACAUGGCUACUAAUGCAGCAUGUGCUUCCCUGCUUAAAAAGAAACAAGGACAAGGUGAGGAUUGUUGGUUUUUUACCUUUUUUGAUGUAUUUUCCAAUAUGCUGCAUCAGUAAGCGACUUAUGAAUAUCCCCAUAACUGUUGCUGAAAGUGGGAUUAUGUGAGGCAGUUAGAAAAUGCAUUUCUGCUUAAGGACAGUGACCUAGGACAAGUUGUGAUGAAACCCUACAGAAGGCUCUCCUUUUCGCAGAGCUUCAAGAAUAAUAAGUUCUCAGGUACACAGAGAGCCACAGAGAGACGUGAUUGUAGCUAUGGAGGAAUGCCAAGCUGUUGUGGGAGGAAGCCUUUUUAAUUAUUGCAAUUAUUUUAAUAAUAUAGAGGGAUACAAAACGUCCUGCAAUUGUCUUGCUAGAAAGAGGUGACAGCUCUGGUAACAGAUUUUGAAAACACUCAGAAUGACUGGCCCUGAUCUUAACAGAGCAAUGCUGUUGGUGUGAUUGAAUCCAUGUCAGAGCUGCUACCACUUGCUAUAUGCCCUGUUCACUCACUCUAGUCCAAGGGGGAGGAGGAGUGGUGGUUUGUGUCGCUCCUCUACCCAGCCACACUCCUGCCCUUUUCCAUGUUGUAAACUGACCUUCCCAUUCACAUCAACGAGGAGGGGAAAUCAACUGUUUUUGCUCUUGGCCACCCCAACAUGCCCCUUUCCUCCACCACAGCCAUUGGAACCCCUUCUGUGUAUUGGGACUGCAACUGCUUCUUAUUCCUCUGGCUUAGCUGUUGGGUUGCACCCUAAAUUUACAUUUUUAAAAUGUUUGUUGCUCUUUCUUCUAGACAUAAUGCGAACCUUAAGCAAUGCAGAUGAAUACCUUGAUGAUGAAGACUCCGAUUGAACUGCCUUAAUACUGUCUAAAAAUGUUCAGCUUUUUGUGCCUCCACCUUUCUCAAAUUCUCCCUUUGACUACAAAAAGUGUACUUUUCUCAUAUACAUAUCAAUGUAACAUCAUAGCUAUCCCCUCCACAGGGUCAAAAUAUGCCCCUUCCCAGUACUUAAGGUCCAAAAUUCUCUAGUUGGCUAUUCUCUAAAUUGGCUAGGUGAGAAUAUGUUUGAUGGCUUUUCCCAUUAUACACUGGACUUUGCCCUUAAGAAGAAGUGUUAAUAUAUCUCUGCAGACAUUGGGUUUUUUGCAGGACUAAUUGCCAUCUUUAAUGCUACACCAUGCUAGUUUUAUUUUACUUUUACAGAAAGAAAUAUAUCAGGUAGAAGAGUGGUUGGUUUUCCUUACAACACAUAUUCAUCUGUGUGCAUGUUUAUGUGUAUUUUAUUUGCACACACACACACACACACACACGUGUAUAGGUGUUGGUUCCGUGCAUGUUUAUACACUGAGAGCCCAAACUGGAGUCAUGGAAUGAAAAUACUUUAUAUCAGGAACAUACCCUUAAGGGGACUGGAGUUGAAGAGAUAUUCUAGUUUCCCACAAACUGGUUCUGGUUAUACACAUUUUCUGUGGUCACUUGGGAUUACCCAUGGCAUUUGUGUGCAACUCUAGCCUUGCACAGGAACAGGGAGUGAGUCAUACUGGGUGAGAGAAAGGAGCAAGGCCUGUUGCAUUAGCCAGCACAGGAAGCAACAAAUCUCUCUGCCCAGUGGUUGCUUAGAGCCUUAGAGGGUGAAUGGAAGCUUAUGUCUCCAUUUCCCCUUGGAAUGACUGUAGGGAGAAAUCAGACUCUGGUUCCAUUUGAGCCCAAUUCCUAACUCCUGUAAUGAUCACCCAGAGAACAAAGGAUGGCCUUAUUUUCCUCUGAAAUGACUGAGAGUGCAGGAGGGAUUUCUCUCACCUGACCCCCCCCCUCACAUGAGCUUCAUGAAGUCCCUGCUGUGUGGGGGGUGGGUGGGUGUGAUUUAAAAGCAUUUCAGUGGGUGGGAGAGGAUGCUCCUUUGCCCAUUAAUCUUUACGGCUCACUUCUAAAGGCAGAAGGCAUUAAAGCUCCAUAACCCCUUUCAUAAUCAUGUUAACCAGCAGUUAAAUGGGAGGUGGAAUGUGUGUGGGGGUUCUAUCCAGCCCCUCUUUGCUUCCCCUCCCAAGCAACCAUUCUGUUGCAUGCACAGUCCCAGCAGCUGACCCGAGAGAUGGUGCACAAGUCUUCAUUCACAAGGUUCCCCAUCCAGCGCAGGAUAAGUGCACAGAAGGAUUACCACCCAGUCCAAUCAGGGAAUUUAUAUAGACAAGGAACUUAUUCGUUAACUCAUUGUGCUUUUGUGUUCAUAUCUGUCCCAUGGAGGCAAGGGGUGUUCCUCCUCUUCUCUGCCAGAGAUUCUUGCUCUUUUUGUGCAUUUCUGUUCCCCCUGCCCUAAAGUAUUUCACCUCAAAAGCUGAUGUGUUUCUGAAAUCAUUUAUUGGUGGGAUGCCACAAACCAAAAGUAUAUUCAGAAAUAAUAUUGAAUAAAUAUUUUAAAUGCUUUGAAACUUA